AACCACAUAUUUUUCUUUCUAAGUCAACCCUGAAUUGACUUACAAGUGUAGACGCCAGCUCUCCGUGUGAAUGUUCUAUGAAUGGUCCACCAGGAAAUGGGUUGCCUUGACACAUAACAACCAAUCGAGGGGGGCCCGUUUAAUGGCGGAUGAAGCUAUCUAUAAGCUUCAGCCACCGCGGUUGCUGUUGGAAAGAUAUUCAUCCUGUUUCUGGCAAGAAAGAGGCCGCUAUGAAUGGAGAAGAUGCUGCCAUACGGAUUCAGACUUCCUCCCCUGUGGACAUACGCUCAGAGAACUCCACGGGUACGGUGGGAGCGGUUCCAAGAAGAUUUGAGUCUUCUUCUGAUACACUUACCAGUUUUGGAAACAUUCAUUUUAAGGAAGAGGUCAAGAGUAAAGGGUUGAGCUCCAUAAAAAGGUCUAUUGAAGGAAACUGGAUAUUCCUUCAUCUGUGGAAUGAUGUACUUGUGAUGUUGUGUGUAAUUGCAGCCUUACUGGACCCUUUGUUCUGUUACAUCUUAGUGGUUGAUAAUGAAAAAAAUUGCAUACGCUUUGACAAGAAGUUGAGGAUCACAGCCGUAGUUCUACGUUCGCUCAUUGAUUUUGGCUACAUACUUCUCAUUGUCUUUCAUUUUCGUAUCGGUUAUACUGACUCGAAGGAUGCUAAUAACGGAACACUUUCCACAAUAGCAACAGCUAGGAGAUAUCUUUUAUCUUACCUUACAGUGGACAUUCUUGCUGCUCUUCCUCUUCCACAGGUGGUGAUAGUAUUAGCUGCUCAAGCAGCAAAAGGUUCUCAUUUUACAAUCUCUAUUAGGACAUUGAAAUUUGUUCUUAUCAUUCAAUAUUUGCCAAGGGUGUUUCGAGUGUACUUAUUCUUAAAGAAAGUGAGAUGGAGUUCUGGGAUUUUGCCUGAUUCUGCUGCGGCCAAAGCUAUAUUCAAUCUCUUCCUCUAUAUGCUUGCCAGUCAUGUGUUUGGAGCCUUUUGGUACUUGUUUUCUAUUGAGCGCAAAGCAACUUGCUUGCAGUCAAGGUGUCAUAGCCAUCCAUAUUGCCCUCGGAAGUAUAACAUCACUGAGGAGGGAUCGUGCUUAGAUAAUUGCUCUAGAAAAGCAUCAUCAAAUGACACACUACCUUUCAAUUUCGGAAUAUUUGAUGAUGCCUUUAAGUAUGACGUUGUCAAUUCCACUGAUUUCAUAUGGAAAGUCUCUUAUUGUUAUUGGUGGGGUCUGCAAAAUCUAAGUUCUCUGGGUCAAGGCCUCAGAACUAGUAAGCAUAUAUGGGAAAUUUACUUCGCAGUCUCCAUAACCAUUGCUGGCUUGGUACUAUUUGCACUUCUAAUAGGAAAUCUGCAGACAUUUCUGCAGUCAACAAUUGCGAGACUGGAGGAAAUGAGAUUGAAGGGGCAAGAUAUUGAACUAUGGAUGGCCUACCAUUCACUCCCUCGUGAUCUAAGGAAGCGGAUCAAACUAUAUGAGAAGUAUAAAUGGCGGAAAACUAGAGGUGUUGAUGUUGCAAACAUUCUCCAUAAUCUUCCUAGAGACCUUAGAAGGGAUACAACAAGACACCUUUGCUUAAGUGCAAUCAAAAGUGUUUCAAUGUUUCAAAACAUGGACGAGAAGUUCUUGGAUGCAGUUUGUGGUUUUUUGAAGCCGAUGCUAUACAUUGAGCGUAACUUCAUCGUUCGAGAAGGAGAGCCAUUAGAUGAGAUGAUCUUCAUAAUCCAUGGCAAGUUAUGGAUCUAUUCCAACUCCAAUAGAGAUGGUGAAACAUUUGGUUCGUCUGAGAGCCUUAAAAAAGGCGAUGUGUUUGGAGAAGAGCUUUUAAAAUGGGUAUUGAAAGAUCCACUUUUAUCCACUGUCCCCAUCUCCACAAAAACUGUCUCUACACACACCAAAGUGGAAGCAUUUGUUUUAAGUGCACAUGAUUUGAAGAAUGUGGUCUCUAAAUUUUGGUGGCUUAUCAGUCAAGAGCAUGGAAACGAUCCCAACUUUAAAGAGCGAUGGGCGCCAUUGGCUGCUCUUGUGGUGCAAGCUGCAUGGCGUCGUUACUUCAAGAGUAAGCGUGAAAGAGAGAAAUCUCAGUUAAGCUUAGCCACUGAAAGUGGGAAUUCACAGCCUUCAGUCACCACAACCAUUCAUGCCUCUAGAUUCAUUGCUCGUGCAUUAAAUGCUUUAAAGCGAAGACAAAAAAGAAGAAAUGCAAGCAGUGAUAUGCCGGGAACCAGCAACAACAAUGACUUGCUUCCCUUUUUAAGUGAACUCUUCCACGACACUGCUUUCUUUAUGGGUACUAUACUAUUAUAUAUACAUAUUAUACUCUGUAGGGGAGGCGGAGGAAGGAGGGAGAAUAAUCCUUGUUGAUUAUUCUGGCAAUACUUUUAGUUGGACCAAUCAGAGAUAGACUGUGGAACAAUGUAUGAACGCUUAGAUCAGUUUUCAGCUCAUGAAACUUUCUGUAAUAUACUACAGGAUUGUCGGGUGGUACACAUGGAUUGGAUUGAUAUCAUCAGAAAAUAGCAACGUUUAAGAGCAUUUCCUUCACU